AUGACCGUGGAACAGAAAUUGGUUUUGAUUACUGGCGCCAACCAAGGUAUUGGCUUCGAAACAGCCAAAAACCUCAUCCUCUCCGGCAAUUAUCAUGUUAUCCUAGGCUCCCGUGAUCCAGCUAAAGGAGCUGAAUCCGCCAAAGCUCUACAGUCUCUCCCUGAUAUUAAAGGCACCGCCUCCUGGAUCCAGAUCGAUGUCACCGACGACAAGUCCGUCGACGCGGCUGCUGCCGAGAUAGUAUCUCAACACGGAAAGCUCGAUAUUCUAGUCAACAAUGCUGGAAUUGUCUCCCUAGCCAGCCCAAACCGCGAGACAUUCCGGAAAAUCCUAGACGUCAACGUCGUCGGCGCCCUCAGCACAACCGAAGCCUUCCUGGACCUCCUCCGCAAGUCCUCCGAGAAACGGCUAGUGUUCGUGAGCUCCAGCACUGGUUCCAUCACACAUGCUGCGGAUCCCAGCUCGCCUUACUACAGGCCCCUUGGGACUGAGUACCGCACGAGCAAGGCAGCUGUCAAUAUGCUGAUGGUGAUGUACCAGGCGAGACUGAAGGAUGAGGGGUUCAAGGUGCUAGGAGCGGAUCCGGGUUUGUGCGCUACAAAAUUUACUGGGGAUGUGGAGUCCUUGCGCAAUAGGGGUGCCGCGGAGCCGGAGGAUGGUGGCCGUAGAGUCGCGGUUGUGGUUAAGGGGGAGAAGGACGCGGAUGUUGGGAGGGUGUUGGGGGAUUAUGGUGUUUCUCCUUUUUGA